AGGUGUCCACGGCCCGGCCCCAGAAAAUAAUAACGCGAGAAGCCAAGCGCGCGACCGAAAAUACCACUCGCCCCUUCGCCACCGGACGCGGUCGGAGAUGGCGGCGACGACAGCGCAGCCGCCCUCGCCGCUUCCGCCGGCCGGCGAGGUGAUCGAGGUGGAGAACUCGGAGCCGGGCUCGCCGGACGCCGGCAGCCGGAGCAGCGGCAGCGGCCGGAGCUCGUCGGAGUACUCCGGGUGGGUCUACCACCUCGGCGUCAACUCCAUCGGCCACGAGUACUGCCACCUCCGCUUCCUCGUCAUCCGCGGCAAGUGCGUCGCCAUGUACAAGCGCGACCCGCACGACAACCCGGGACUCGAACCUAUCCGAAAGGGUUUUGUCAGUCACACUCUUGUGGUGGAGGAGGUUGGUCGCAAAAAGGUCAACCACGGGGAUGUUUAUGUCUUGAGGUUGUACAGUAGAUUGGAUCAAACGAAGAAAGGAGAGAUUGCGUGUGCAACUCCUGGUGAAGCUCAGAAAUGGACUGAAGCAUUUGAGCAGGCUAAACAACAGGCUGAGUAUGACCUGACAAGAGGGGCCAACUGGAACAGAUUGCAGAGUGAAAACGAGUUUAAUCUCGAUGGGCAUCGACCUCGGGUAAGAAGAGGCUUGGGGAAACUUGUACGCAUUGGCAAAGGACCAGAAAUGCUCCUUCGGCAGUCCUCCGAUCUUCAAAGCCAUGAAAGGGUUAACACAAACUUUGGAGGUGAUACUGGAGAUGCACUUGAAGCACAUGAAUGGAGAUUUGUUCGAACAUUAAAUGGAAUUAGAAUUUUUGAAGAUAUUGCAAACUCAAAGGGUGGAAAGGGGAUACUUCUCAAGUCUAUUGGCGUGGUUGGUGCAAAUCCCGACACAGUGUUCGAAAUGGUUCUCAGUCGGGAUAAGCAUAAGCGACACGAGUGGGAUAUGUUGAUUUCUGAUUUGGAGUUGGUAGAAACAAUUGAUGGGUACUGUGAUGUGGUUUACGGGACCUAUGAGCCAAAAUAUUUAAACUGGUGGAAAUCAAAGAAGGACUUUGUCUUUUCCAGACAAUGGUUUCGUGGACAAGAUGGGGCAUAUAACAUUUUGCAAAGUCCUGCUAGUCACAAGCAAAAACCUCCAAGACAUGGAUAUGAGCGUACACAUAUCAACCCCACAACAUGGGAAAUAAAGAGGUUAAACACAUCAGAAUCUACUCCGAAGUGCAUUGUUACUCGCAUGGUGGAGAUCUCCCCAUGUUUCUGGGACAGAUGGAGGAGAAGGACCUCCUCAAAUUUUGAGAGAAGUAUCCCUUUUGCUCUGCUCAGCCAAGUAGCAGGUCUAAGAGAAUACUUUGCAGCAAAUCCAGCCAUCACACCUGAUUUGCCUUCAACAGUAGUGAAGUCAAAAGUAUCUGAAUCCUUGAUCAUCCAGAGUGAACUUGAAUAUUCAGAACCUAAUGAUGAGUUCUAUGAUGCACUUGUUAGAGGAGAAUCCUUUGAAGGUGAUAGUGAUGAUGAUGAUGAUGAUGAUGAUGUUACAACCCCGAAGGCUGGAAAGGUGAAGUUGAAGAACGUAUCAUGGGCCAUUGCAGGUUUAGCUAUGAAGCGAACUAAAGCUUCUCUUGAGAGGAGCGAAUUGGUUACAAAUUCUAUUCCCAUAGCUAUUGACUCGAGCCAUUUCCAUGGCACCGUUCGACAAGCGAAAAGUGAAGAUGACCCAAAUUCUUGGAGUUCACCUGGUGGAGAGAAGUUUAUGAUAAGAGGGAAGACUUACUUGACAGAUUACGCCAAGAUUGCUGGAGGUGAUCCUCUUCUAAAGCUUAUUGCAGUUGAUUGGUUCAAGGUUAACGAGCGCUUUGACUCGGUUGCCUUGCACCCAAAAAGCCUUGUUCAGUCUGAAGCUGCAAAGAAGAUUCCCUUCAUACUGGUUGUAAAUUUACAGGUUCCAGCAAAACCAAACUAUAACUUGGUUAUGUACUACGCAGCAGAGAAGCCAGUGAACAAAGAUUCUCUCUUGGGUAGAUUCAUUGAUGGAACUGAUGCAUUUCGAGAUGCCAGAUUUAAGCUUAUACCAAGUAUUGUUGAGGGUUAUUGGAUGGUAAAGCGUGCAGUUGGGACGAGAGCUUGCCUCCUGGGGAAAGCAGUGACAUGCAAUUAUCUUCGGCAGGAUAACUUUCUCGAGAUAGAUGUUGACAUUGGUUCCUCUUCUGUUGCACGGAGCAUUAUUGGCCUAGUCCUGGGAUAUGUGACAAGCAUCGUCGUGGAUCUUGCUAUUCUAGUUGAGGCAAAGGAAGAGAAAGAGCUGCCUGAGUACAUUCUUGGCACUGUUCGUCUAAACCGUGUAAAUCCUGAGGGUGCUGUAGCAAUCUAAGUUAAUUCCAUCUCCUCGCCCCUUCUAUGGCACGGUAGAUCUGCGCAAUUUUCUACCAUAAUCUUCAGUUCUGGGAGGUGCACAUUUGUAAGAAGGAAAACAUGGUCACUAUGUAAUGAUCCCAGGUCGAGAGUUGUGUCACAUCACAUGUACAGAGUACAUACUUGGUGCCUAUAGUAUACAUGAAAGAAUACUAGAAAUACUAUAUUGGCAUGGAAGAUGAA